AUGUCUACAGGAAAACUGAGUGCCCCGUGCAAAAGUUUACUGUGUAGUGGUAGAAUCUUCGCAACCAGCAUCACAAACAAAUUUAGUACAGAAAGCAAAGCUUUGCCAACAAAAAUCUUUGAAGUGCGAGUUUACAAUGGUCAUCCUCAAGAUUUCAAGAAAGCAGUCAAUCUUAUAAAUGAAUAUUUGCAUUUUCGAAUUAAAUACUCUAAGCUGUUUGGCUUCUGGACAACGGAGCUUGGGAGUUCUAUUUUUCAGAUGCUUCACAUCUGGGAGUAUGACAGUUUAAAUCACAGACUUCAGGCUCGUAAAAAUUUGCUGCAAGAUAAAGUUUGGCAGACAGAAUUUUUGCCUCAGCUACUGCCCUUCAUGCAGACAAUGGAUAAUUUUCUUGUGGCACCCAUAUCUGGAUCUACAGUUAAUGUUGAUUUCAAGAAUGAUCUGUCAGCUGUGUACGAACUCCAGACUUUGAAAAGAAAUGGCAAACAUUCCGUGCCUGCAAAAAGUUCUGGAAAUGGAGACAUUCUAGUGGGAACGUUUAGAGGUGUCUUUGGCUCUACGGAUACAGAAUACAGACUGUGGAGAUACCCAAAUGUUGAUACUGCAUUCACUGAAUCCUGGAACAGAUCUGAGGCUGCGCCUCAGAAAGGAAGCUCUUUGUUGUUAUAUCCAGCCAAAGUGUCUCCUAUUUCAUGA